UCUUUCUCCGUCUCUCCGGCCGUAAGCGAAGGAAGGACAGGCGCACCUGCAUCUCUGCACUGACCGCUCAUUCACAAGAGGACACUGCAUCUCCACAAGCUGAAUUUUCGCCUCAUGGAGUUCUCACUCUUGCUUUAUAUCCCCGUGUUUAUUUGCUAAAGUUUUGCCGAAGUAUAAUGAAGGUUUGAGGAUGCGUUUUUUGGAGAUGUAUCACUGAUGCGCAUCUCGCUCAGUCUCCAGCAGAACACCAGCAUGAUGGAAUAGGCGUUUUUCUCCCCUCCUUCACAAUGGGAUUAUUCAAACUUUAUUUUGCGCUUUGCGCUGUCGGACUUUUCUAUGUUUCAGGUUUCGGGGUUGAUCCAGCAUUACAUGUGGACAUUUUCCAGGAGUUUGAUCUUGUGAGGUCAAGUGCUGGAAUCUCCCAGGUCCAGGGGUUCAACAAUGAGAGUAGAGCAUAUCUGUUUGAAGGCUCAUCAAGGAAUGCAAGAGCUUCCCUCAAGGCAGCAGAGAGUAUUCUUCAGAAGUUGAGAGGAAGAACAGAGUUCACUCUUCUACUGACCCUCAAACAGGAGAAAUUCAGCUCAGGAGUGCUGCUAUCCAUCCACUAUGGAGAACAGAGGUUUCUGGAGGUAGAGAGCAGCGGUCUGCGUAAUGAGAUCCGUCUCUUCUUCCAAACCUCAGACCAGCGGCAGCAGAAAGAGGUCUUCCCCUAUAGUCUGGCAGAUGGACACUGGCACAAAAUCUCCCUGGCAUUCAGCGCCACCCUAGUGGUGCUCCAUAUUGACUGCAACAGAAUUUACGAAAGGAUUAUGGAGACCCCAUCUAUGGACUUUCCCAGAGGAACAAACAUCUGGCUUGGUCAAAGAAAUGACGCCCAUGGAUUCUUCAGGGGAGUGAUGCAAGAUGUUCAGUUGGUAGUCGUACCCCAUGGAUACAUCGUCCAGUGCCCAGAUCUCAAUCGUACUUGUCCCACUUGUAAUGAUUUCCAUGGGCUGGUUCAGAAGAUCAUGGAACUUCAAGAUAUUUUAGCUAAAACAUCAAACAAGUUGGCACUUGCCGAAGAGAAGAUGAAGUACUUGGAUGGAUGUUACUGUGAGAGGACGUGUACCCUGAACGGAGAGAUAUACAGGGACGAUGAUGCUUGGAUAGAUGGAUGCAGAAACUGCACAUGCUCAAAUGGUACAGUGGAGUGUGAGAGUAUUUUCUGUCCACCCCCUCAGUGCCCUCCUGAUACAGCUCCAAUCUACAUGCAUGGAGAAUGCUGUAAAGAGUGCCAGCCCGUGUGUCUGUUCAGAGGAAGAGUGUACGUGGAAGGUGAUCAUAAGAGCGUACACGACUCUGAGGGAAACUGUCUGCUGUUUGAAUGCAGGGAUCGAAGUAUGCGUAGGGUUGAGAUGACUACUUGUCCAGAGCUGAACUGCCCAGAGUCAGAGCAGAUCACACUCACAGACCGCUGCUGCAAAGUGUGCAGAGGGCAUGAUUUCUGUGCUGAUGGUUACAACCGCAAUUGUGUGGAGAAUUCGGACUGCAUUAACCUAGAGGCAGGAGCUUGCUGCAGCUGUAAAGAGGGAUAUCAUGCGCUCAGGGACGACAGCGCCUACUGCCAAGAUAUCGAUGAGUGUGCAGAGGGGAAACACUACUGCAGGGAGAAUACGAUGUGUAUGAACACUCCCGGCUCCUUUAUGUGUGUCUGUCACACCGGCUACGUCCGUAUCGAUGAUUACUCCUGCACAGAGCACGAUGAGUGUGUGCGUGGACUGAAUACCUGUGACGAAAACGCUCUUUGCUUCAAUACGGUUGGCGGACACAGUUGCUCCUGUAAACCAGGGUACGUCGGCAACGGGACCGUCUGCGGAGCGCUCUGUGAGGGCCAGUGUCUCAACGGAGGUUCAUGCGUCACUCCAGAUACCUGCGUCUGCCAGCAAGGCUUUACUGGAAAGAGAUGUGAGACAGACAUCGACGAGUGCCUCGAUGGGUUUGUGGAGUGUGACAGUCGAGCCACUUGCGUCAACCUACCUGGCUGGUACCACUGCGAGUGUCGUGACGGAUACCAUGACAACGGAAUGUUCUCAGCCAAUGGAGAGUCAUGUGAAGACAUUGAUGAAUGUGAGAUGGGGAGGCACAGCUGUGCCAACGACACCGUGUGCUUUAACGUGGACGGAGGUUACGACUGCCGCUGUCCGCACGGCAGGAACUGCACGGGAGACUGCGCCCAUGACGGGGAAGGUGAAACACAACGGCAGAUCUGGGUGCUGGAUGACGACAGGUGCUCGGUCUGCUCUUGUCAGUCGGGGUUGGUGAUGUGCAGGCGGAUGGUGUGUGAUUGUGAGAAUCCCACGGUGGAUGUGUUGUGCUGUCCUGAAUGCGAUCCUCGUCUGAGUUCUCAGUGUUUGCAUCAGAACGGUCUGCUAGCAUACAGUAAUGGAGAAACCUGGGUGGAAAACUGCCAGCAGUGCCAGUGUAUGGUGAGUGACAGCAUGUUAAACCAACUCGAUGUG